AUAAGUCCUACAUGGCGGCCAACCCAGGAUAGGCUGUACAAGACCUCUUGUGGAGAAAUCUACAGAAGAUGGCGGCGCCUACGAUCUCGGGACACUCGGCAGGGAAUACGACGACGGCAACGAACAACACUGUUAACAGCUCAAUAGCCAUCGCGUACGGCAAUCAAAAGACACAUAACAAGUUGGAAGCAUGGAAUUUCGGUCCAGGGAAGAGGCCAUUCAAAUAUGGCAUCGCGACCGCCAUUUGUGCCACCGUUGUUAUCGUGGCUGGCUUCGCUGUGUUGGGUCUUCGUUUUGAUGGGCGGAUUCUGAUCGGAAGUUGGGAGGGAGAGUUCAUUGCACCCUGUAUCAUCGUGUGCGGUAUCUUACUCUAUGGGCUGUCUGUCAAGUUCUUCCUGGUGGCACGGAAGAAGAGCAAUGAGGAAAGGAAGAAAAUAGCGUUCAGACCUGAAGGACUCACCCACGUAUCUACGGUCAACGUAGCAUUCGAGCCGGACCGCUCAAGUAAAAACAAGUACAGAUACGACAUGAGGUCUGGUACGACUUCAGUGAAGGCGGUGCGAUCACUCAACCAGUCUACCUACUCGGGGGACGGAACCCUCGAUAGCCGAAACAGUCGCGAUAGCAGAGAUGCUAGGUCCCCGCGGGGUAAACCAAUGAAGGCCACGGGUUCCCUGCCCUCACUUGACAGAACGCGGACAACAAGCUGGAACACUGGUUCUCUACCUUCCUUGGACCCAAGGCAUCCCACGUCGACACCAAACAAAUCUAACCUUGCUACCCGAACUCCGGACAGCGUUAAAGGUCCGCCUAAGCCGAGGCGCUCUCUGGUCGGGUCAGCGAGUGAAAUCAGCGACGGACAACCGCAAAAAGCACCUAUAGCAGCCGACGACGACGACGACGAUGAGGUCUGCGAGCUAAAAGUUCGGUCGGAAAGUGAAUUUUCAAACAUCCCUCUUUAGGAAAUUAAGCGUAAAAGGUCUUUGGCAUGGUUAUGUUGAUGUCAUACGCCAUGUGUGAGGGUUAUCCGACUUCUUCAUUACAUGUUUAAACUGCUCACGAUCCGACAGCUGAACUCUGAGGAUUGCAACAUGCAUGGUUUGAAGGGCCAACACUCGCUGUAAAUAUUCAUUUUUAAGCAGAUUUUGUCGAGAUCGUACAUGUAUGAACUUUAUCCAAUGUUUGAACAAAUUGUAAAUACUUGUACAUCAAUUAUAGGGUGAGAAAAAUCGAUGCAUAGGUUAAGAUAGCGGAAUUACUUGCCGAAUAUCUUGACAGUCUGUUUUAUUUUAGCUCUCCUGCCCGCCAUAUGUAAUAAUAUUGAUACAUCUACAUUUGUCAUUUUGUAUUUUAAAACAUGUGAACAUUUCUCACGUUCACGUUACUGAAGAGCUCAUGUCCUUCUCUUGGUGCAAGUAAGUCUUGAAAUUUUGGUCCAAAAAUAAGAACCUUUCUCAAGAAGAUUUAUCUAUUUAUUUCCUGACUGAUUGAUGAAUCUUCACCACGGAAAAUCAAUAUCGCACAGAGCAUGCUUACAUGUACGUCAUCACGGUCGUAAGGCAUAUCGCUGUCUAUUAUACAUAUAUCUAUGCAUCUACAUGUACAUGUAUUAUGCAAUUUAACCCUACGGUUAAUAAUUAUAUCGUUUUGUAUUAGUAUUAGCUUAAAACGUUCCAGAGCAGAAGCAUUUUAUUCAUUUGUAAAUAAAGUUACCGGUAACCUAUAUCUUCUUACUUAGAUCAUAUUUGAUUUAUGAAUUAAUUAAUUAACAUGUAUUUAAACGGGCCUUGCGAUCCUGUCUUAAUAAUGUACAGUAUACAGUACUACUUAAUAAGGUAGUACAUGCAUUAGGCGCCCAUGGUAUAUGUACACUUCUAAUCAAUGUAGCAUUUCGUACAUUCCUACAACUGUCAUAAGUGUCGAAUGAAAAAUUUAAUCCAACAACAGCAAAUAAAUAAAACAUCGUAGAGAGAAUGUGAUAUGGACAAUAUGUACGUUGUUUUAUUUGUAUAAAUGCUCGUAUCAGCUGGAAAUAAAUAUAUAUAUGUUAUUC